AGCUAUACCAUGCCAGUUCCAAUUUGUUCCGAGUUCCGGUUACCAGAUCAACCCAAUUUGGAAACCUCUGCCCACUUGCUUUCUCUCUUUCCAGUCUCCUAACUUCUCUUCCCCAUGAAUUCCUUCCUCCCAAGCCACUGAUCAUAACCAUUUAAGAUAAGCUUCCCACAUAUGUUCUGCACACAACAAACCUCUAAACGAUUAACAAACAUGGUCGACAUUUCCUCUGCCCCUCUUCUUGCCCUUCUCCUCUUUCUACUCUCACAGACCCAAAUCCUACCGGCGACCAGCGCCGGCGGGAACGAAACCGAUAUACUGUCACUCCUCCAACUCAAAUCCACACUGAUAGACCCACUUGGAGCUCUGAGCUCAUGGAACCAAACCCUCCAUUUCUGCCAAUGGCAGGGAGUAACCUGCAACAACGAAACCGAACAGAGGGUAACCCAAAUCGACCUCAAGCUAAACCAGCUCAGCGGCUCCAUCUCCCCACACAUCGGCAACUUGUCCUUCCUAACCCACCUCAUCCUCAACAACAACACCAUCUCCGGCGAAAUCCCGCCGGAAAUCGGCCGCCUCACCCGCCUCCAGCAGCUCGUGCUAGUCCAAAACUCAAUCUCCGGCACCAUCCCGCCGAACCUCUCCGCCUGCUCCAAUCUCACCAUGUUGCGAGUCGGCAACAACGGCUUGUCCGGCGAGAUCCCGACACAGCUCUGCAAUCUCAUGAACCUCCAGCUGCUCUCAAUCCAUUUCAACAACUUCACCGGAAAUUUCCCCUCCUGCUUCGGCAACGUGUCUUCCCUCCAGGCGAUCUCUGCGGCUCGGAAUCAAUUCGUCGGCGGAAUUCCGGAGUCUCUGGCCAGAUUGAGCAACCUAAACGUAAUUUCUUUCGGGGCGAAUCGAUUUUCCGGUCAAUUCCCACUUCAAUUCUUCAACUCCACUUCCAUUCAAAUCAUUAGCAUCAUUGAAAAUCAGCUCUCCGGAACCCUACCUCUAGGGUUAGGGUUUACUCUGCCGAAUCUGGUCCAUCUCAAUGUGGCUUACAACAAUUUCACCGGUCGAAUUCCCGAAUCGAUCUCCAACGCGACAAACCUGCAGGUUUUGGAGUUGGGUUACAACAAUUUCCACGGCGGAGUGCCUUCAUUGGCGAAGCUGAACCGGAUUCAACUCCUGGGACUGAUUAGCAACAACUUGGGCAGUGGAGGAGAAGGAGACGAUCUGUUCUUCCUCCAUACGUUGACCAACAGCACGAUGCUCCAAGUGGUCAACGUCGGGAUGAACAAUUUCUCCGGCGUGUUGCCGCACAGCAUAAGCAACUACUCCGCAACUUUCGUCAGGCUGUCUCUGCGUCUGACCCCAAUGAUCACCGGAACCAUUCCGGCGGGGCUCGACAGGCUGGUCAACUUGGAGCAGCUGGAUUUCAACGGAAACAGUCUCUCCGGCAAUCUCCCGGUUGAAUUGGGGAGGAUCCCCAAGUUCAUGACUCUUCAGGUUCAGAACAACAACCUGUCGGGAACCAUUCCUUCCAAUAUCGGAAAUUCAACCAAGUUGCUCACGGUGUGGCUGCAAGGGAAUCAACUGGAAGGUGAGAUUCCUUCGAGUUUCGGUCAGAGCAAGGAUAUGACGCUGCUGAAUCUAGCAGAUAACAAUCUCAGUGGGGGGAUUCCGCCGGAGAUUCUCGAUCUCCAGGAAUUGAGUUUUGUCCUUGAUCUUUCUGGGAACAGGUUGAGUGGCCGGAUUCCUGAGGAAGUUGGGAACUUGGUCAACUUGGGUCAACUGGAUCUCAGCAAUAACAUGCUGUCAGGUUCGAUCCCGUCGAGUAUAGGGAGAUGUGUGAGACUGGAGACCAUAAAUCUGACGGGGAAUUUGUUUCAGGGCUCUAUCCCUUCGUCUUUUAGGGCACUCAGAGGGUUAGAAGUUCUCGACCUUUCUCGCAAUAACUUGUCAGGAACGUUACCCGACUUUCUUCAGGAGUUUACAUCGUUGGUCACACUCAACUUGUCCUACAACAACUUCCAAGGUGCACUGUCAAUGCAGGGUGUCUUCGGGAAUUCAACUACAACUUUGGUCAUGGGAAACAAUGAGCUCUGUGGGGGAAUGCCGGAGUUUGGAUUACCAAAGUGCUCCGUGGAGAGUUCAAAGAAAGGCGGUCUCAGCACGGUAGUGAAGAUCAUAAUCUCGGUUGUAAGCUGUCUCUUAGGACUCGCUGCCCUUCUUUCAUUCCUCUACUUUUGGUUCCUGAGGAAGAAAACCAAAGACCCUGAAGCAGCUUCACUCUUUACCGGUAACACACUUCUGGGGCCUACGUAUAAUAAUCUACUCCAUGCCACCGAUGGGUUUUCGUCUGCUAAUUUGCUCGGAGCAGGCAGCUAUGGCUCUGUGUACAAGGGGAUUAUAGCCAUAGAAGACAACAACAAGAUGUUUGUUGCCGUCAAGGUGUUGAAUCUUCAGCAUUCCAGAGCGGUCAAGAGCUUUGUAGCAGAAUGCGAGGUGUUGAAGAACAUCAGGCACAGGAAUCUUGUCAAGUUGCUGACUGUGUGUUCAGGAAUCGACUUCCAGGGUAAUGAUUUCAAGGCCCUGGUGUAUGACUUCAUGGUUAACGGGAGCUUGGAGGAAUGGCUUCAUCCCAGGCUUCUUGAUGAACAAGCAACAGGAAAAACAAAGGUAGAGUUGAGUCUCCUCCAAAGGUUGAACAUAGCCAUUGAUGUAGGAACCGCACUGGAUUAUCUUCAUAACGAGAGUGGAGUACCAGUAGUUCAUUGUGAUCUCAAACCUAGCAACAUCCUGCUGGAUGUCAAUAUGGUGGGACAUAUUGGAGACUUUGGGUUAGCAAAGUUCCUUCCACAAGUAGAGCUCAACACUCCAGCAAAUAGUAUGACGAGUUCUUCGAUUGGUGUUAGAGGAACAGUUGGCUAUAGCGCGCCAGAGUACGGAAUGGGGAGUGAAGUUUCUACCCACGGAGAUGUGUACAGCUAUGGCAUUCUGUUGCUGGAGAUGUUCACAGGGAGAAGGCCUACCGAUGAAACGUUCAAAGAUGGGUUGAAUCUCCAUAACUUUUCAGCAGCAGCUUUGGCUGAUAAAGCAACAGAGAUCGUAGAUCCCACUGGGCUUCUGGAGAGACAAGACGACAGCAGCAGCAGUAGAUCGAGCGACGAUCAUAGCAAGAAUGAAACGCAGAAGGUGUCGACGGAGGCAGUGGUUUCGAUUAUACAAGUUGGGGUUGAAUGUUCAAAUGAAAUGCCAAGAGAACGAAUGAGCAUCAGUGAUGCUGCAACUAAGCUAACAGCAGUGAGGGACAAACUUAUCCAUAUUCAACCGGCGACCGCUGCCGGCGGCAACGAAACGGACAGACUAGCACUUCUCCAACUCAAGUCAGCACUAAUAGACCCACUGGGAGCUCUGAGCUCAUGGAACCAAACCCUCCAUUUCUGCCAAUGGCAGGGAGUAACCUGCAACAACGAGACAGAGCAGAGAGUGACCCAACUCAACCUCGAGUUAAACCAACUCAGCGGUUCAAUCUCCCCACACGUUGGCAACUUGAGCUUCCUAACCCACCUCGUCCUCAACAACAACACCAUCUCCGGCGAGAUCCCGCCGGAGAUCGGCCGCCUCCGCCGCCUCCAGGAUCUCGUCCUGGCCCAAAACUCCAUCUCCGGCACGAUCCCUGCAAACCUCUCCGCCUGCUCGAAUCUCACCAUGUUGCGAGUCGGUUACAACGGCUUGACAGGAGAAAUCCCAAUCGAGCUCUGCAAUCUCAUGAACCUCCAGCUGCUUUCAAUCCAUUUCAAUAACCUCACCGGAAAAUUUCCUCCCUGCUUCGGCAACUUGUCUUCCCUCCAGGCGAUCUCCGCGCCGAGGAAUGAGUUCUUCGGCGGGAUUCCAGAGUCUCUGGCCUGGUCCAGAAGCCUAAGAAUCGUUUCUUUCGGCGCGAACCGAUUUUCUGGUCCGUUCCCGCUUCAGUUCUUCAAUUCGUCUUCAAUUCAGGCGAUCAGCGUCAUGGACAAUCAACUCACCGAAGGGAAUCACCUGGAAGGCGAGAUUCCUCCGAGCUUCGGGAAAUGUCAGGAUUUGUCGGCGCUGAGUCUCGGGGAGAACGAACUCAGCGGUGAGAUUCCGGUGGAGAUUCUCAACCUCCCGGCCUUGGGUUUGGUUUUCAACCUCUCCUGGAACAGGUUGAGUGGCCGGAUUCCUGAUGAAGUUGGGAACUUGGUCAACUUGGGCGAACUCGAUCUCAGCAAUAACAUGCUGUCAGGUUCAAUCCCGUCCAAUUUGGGGAAGUGUGUGAGAUUGGAGACCCUGAACCUGAUGGGGAACUUGCUUCAGGGCCCUGUCCCUUCAUCUCUUAGGGAGCUCAAAGGUUUGGAAAUUCUGGACCUUUCUCGCAACAACUUGUCAGGAGAAGUACCAGACUUUCUCCAGGAGUUCACCUCGUUGGUGACCCUCAACUUGUCCUACAACCAUUUCCAAGGUCCUCUGUCGACGCAGGGAGUUUUCAGGAAUGCAACUAAAGCUUUGGUCAUGGGAAAUAAUGAGCUCUGUGGGGGAAUGCCUGAGUUUGGAUUACCAAAGUGCUCCGUGGAGAGUUCCAGGAAAGGCGGUCUCAGCACGAUAGUGAAGAUCAUAAUCUCAGUUGUAAGUUGUCUCUUAGGGCUCAUUGCUCUUCUUUCAUUCUUGUACUUUCGGUUCCUGAGGAAGAAAACCAAAGACCCUGAAGCAGCUUCACCCUUUACUGGGAACACACUUCUGGGGACUACAUAUCAUAAUCUACUCCAAGCAACCGAUGAAUUUUCGUCUGCUAAUUUGCUCGGAGCAGGCAGCUAUGGCUCUGUGUACAAGGGGCUUAUAGCCAUAGAUGACAACACCAAGAUGUUUGUUGCUGUCAAGGUGCUGAACCUUCAGCAUGCCAGAGCGUUCAAGAGCUUUGUAGCAGAAUGCGAGGUGUUGAAGAACAUAAGGCACAGGAAUCUUGUCAAGUUGCUGACCGUGUGUUCAGGAAUCGACUUCCAGGGUAAUGAUUUCAAGGCCCUGGUGUAUGAGUUCAUGGUUAAUGGGAGCUUGGAGGAAUGGCUUCAUCCCGGGCUACUUGAUGAACAUGAAACAGGAAGAAGGGAGGAGUUAAGUGUCCUCCAAAGGUUGAACAUAGCUAUUGAUGUUGGUACUGCAUUGGAUUAUCUUCAUAACGAUAGUGGAGUACCUGUGGUUCACUGUGAUCUCAAGCCUAGCAAUAUCUUGCUGGAUGUCAAUAUGAUGGGACAUAUUGGUGACUUUGGGUUAGCAAAGUUUCUCCCACAAGUGGCGCUCAGCAGCCCAGCAACAAGCUCUUCAAUUGGUGUUAGAGGAACAGUUGGUUAUAGCGCACCAGGUAAAAAAGCUUUCGCUUCUUUUCGCUUUUUCCUCAUCUUGGUCUUGUUUUACUGUCUGCUUGAUCUGGAUUUGUGGAAACUUGCAGAGUACGGGAUGGGUAGUGAUGUAUCGACCAGUGGAGAUGUGUACAGCUACGGUAUUCUGUUGCUGGAGAUGUUCUUAGGGAGAAGGCCUACAGAUGAAACGUUCAGAGAUGGGUUAAAUCUCCAUAACUUUGCAGCAGCUUUGGGUGAUAACGCAGCAGAGAUCAUUGGUCUCAUUGUUGUUCCAGGAAGAGAAGAGGACAACAGCAGCAGAUCAAGCCACGAUCAUAGCAAGAAGGAAAAGCAGAAGGUGUUGAUGGAGGCAAUGGUUUCGAUAAUACAAAUUGGGGUUGAAUGUUCAAAUGAAAUGCCAAGAGAAAGAAUGAGUAUAAGUGAUGCUGCAACUAAGCUAGCAGCAGUUAGAGACAAACUGGUGAAAGCUGGAAUGUAA